AUGUUGAUAUUAUUUUCUCUACUUCUCACAACCCCACUCAUUGUUUCUCAAUCUUGUAACACUGGUGGAAUCUACAGUUCUAAAUUCAACAGAUGUUAUCAAUAUUUCACAGCUGCUGCUCAAUUUGAAUAUGCGGAUGAGCAAUGCACAAAUCUCGGAGGACAUUUAGCAUCAAUUCAAAAUGGCGAAGAAAAUGCAUUGAUUCAAAGUAACGCGGCGAUUAUCUUCAAAUCAACAAACAACAGUGAUUUUUGGAUUGGUGCCAAUGAUUUGGCAACAACUGGAACAUGGUCAUGGACUGAUGGAACUGUUUUCAAUUAUCAAAACUGGCAAGUAGGUCAACCACAAACUGGAGCCGAUUGUGCUACCCAAGAUAAAACUGAUGGAACAUGGUCAACACUUGGAUGCACCCAAUAUCGUUCAUUUGUCUGUGUUACACCACCAAUCAAUCCAGUAACUUGUCCACCAAUCACAACACCAAUUCGUAAGUUGAUCUUUGAACAAUUUGUAGUACUUCGAACCUAGAUAAGAGUUAUUUAAACAGCGAUCAAAAUUGUUGCCUUAUCGAAAAAAAAGAGGUGUUGAUUUUUAGCGAAAACAUUUGGCAUCCACGUUGUUUUUAUCAGUUUCGAGUACACUAGAAUACAGUCACGUUUUGAUUAAUUAUCGGAAAAAAAAUUUGAAAGAAAAUAUUUUUCCGGGACGCUGCCAUAUGAACAAUGAUACUCACUUACGGAAUAGCACAAAAUACUUUUUGAUUAAAAAACAAUUAAAAAGGGUAUUACAGAUUUCAAUGAAAAUAUAAAUAAGUUCAGGGAGGCCAAAUUUUCUACGUGAAAAACUAAUUUGAGUUCACUGGUUUUUUUUAGCUACCACUUGCCCAGCUCCUCCAGCAUGUCCCACCAGAGGAUUAGUUUCAUCUUGCGAUGAAGGCUGGACUUAUUUCGCACCAACCGAUUUUUGCUACAAAGUUUAUCACAACGCGAAAUUCGAUGAUGCUGAAGGAAAUUGUGUACUUCUCGGUGGACAUUUGGCAUCGAUUCAUUCAACAAAAGAAAAUACCUUUGUCAACAGUAAGUUCUCCAUUUUUUUUGAAAAAAAAACACAAAAUGAAACUGAUUUACAGACAUUGCUGCUUGCGGUAUCAAAGAGGGAAAUAUCAAAGAUCUUGCAUGGAUUGGACUUCAUCAAGUCGGUUCCGAUUGGGUUUGGACUGAUGAAUCAGCUACAGACUAUUUGAACUGGGCACCAAAACAACCAGAUAAUCCGGGAAAAGAAUUGUGUGUUGAAACUGCUCCAGAUCUCUCUCAUGACAAAUGGUACGAGAAUUGGAACAACGCUCCGUGCACAGAUAUUAUGCGAGCUUAUGUUUGUAAAAAGGCUUCAUACAAAAAUUGA